AUCUCCUCUCCUACUUCAUAUAAAACCCCAUACGCCACAAGCACAUUUGCUUUUCCCUCUCAUUUUCUCCAUUGAAUUCUCUCUUCUUUUAUUCUCCUGGAAAGUUCAGCCCUAAGGCCUAAGGGAGACAACUGUGUCAGAGGCGAACCCGAUAACCAUUCAUCUCUCUACAGUACAGACUACCUAAACAGAGGUAGGAAGAGGAAACGAGAGAGAUUGUGGCAUUGAGAUUUGUGACGAGAGAGAGAAGAUCUCGAGCAGAUCAGGGUGAUUUAAAGCAGAGGCGGCGAGAAUUUAUUGAUGUGAUAUGAGAGCUUUGUAGAACGAGCGUUUGACUCUCCCUCUUCCCCUUCCCCUUCCCCUUCCCCUUCCUUUCUUCCCGUCUCUCUCUGACGCCAUAUUUUCAUACUCUGACGCCAUUUUCUUACCAGGCUGAUUUUGUUCUUUUCCUAGUGUAAUUAUUAUUUCUCUGUAAUUUUUCAACAUCUACUUGAGUUUCGUGUGCUUGAGUUUUUACGCUUUCGACUGUACACCAAACACUCGCUCUCUUUCUGGUGAGGACACCCAUUGUUUUAUCUGGAUAUUCAGAUACGAACGUAUUAUUUAAGGGCAUAAAUCGAUGCGGGCGGCGCGAAAUUCGAGGUGUUUAUGUGAAGGCAGAAGUUGUCUCAGUCCAAUGUAUGUUAUGGUCUGCUGCUAGUGUGUUUCAUUACAGAGCGACAUAUAGAAAUCUUUCCUUAGAACCCGCCAUUUCUGGACUGGGUUUCGAGAUUGUUCCUGGCUUUGGAGAAAAGUCUAAAAAUUUGUCAUUUUAAAAACAGAGAGAAAUUGGUGCUCAGGUGGGUAUGAGCAGUUUCAGACAAUACAGUGGCUUGUUUUGCGUACUUAUGUGAAGGUUCUCUCGUGGUUUUUGGCUGUUAGGAGGGGUAAUUUGGGAAUAGAAAAAUGAAGUUUAUGAAGUUGGGUUCGAAGCCUGAUGCGUUUCAAGCUGAAGGCAAAUCCGUCAGGUAUGUGUCAUCUGAGCUGGCUACAGAUGUCACCAUAAAUGUUGCUCAAGUUAAGUUUUACCUCCACAAGUUUCCCCUCUUGUCAAAAAGUAAUCGCUUGCAGAAGCUGGUGUUGAAAGCCACUCAGGAGAAUUCUGACGAAAUUGAUUUGCUUGAUUUUCCUGGUGGGCCAUGGGCCUUUGAAAUUUGUGCUAAAUUUUGCUAUGGAAUGACUGUUACUCUCAAUGCUUACAAUGUAGCAGCUGCUCGUUGUGCAGCUGAGUACCUUGAGAUGGCUGAGGAUAUUGAUCGAGGGAACCUUAUUUUCAAAAUUGAGGUAUUUCUGAACUCCAGUAUCUUCCGAAGCUGGAAGGAUUCCAUUGUUGUUCUUCAAACCACUGAAUCUCUUCUGCCUUGGUCUGAAGAUCUGAAGAUUGUUGGAAGGUGCAUAGAUUCUAUUGCAUCUAAAACCUCUGCGGAUCCAGCAAACAUUACUUGGUCAUACACAUACAAUAGGAAGUUAUCAGUACCUGAUAAAAUAGUUGAAGAUGGUGCAAAGUUACGAGAUAAAAUUGAAUCCAUCCCUAGGGAUUGGUGGGUGGAAGAUAUUUGUGCUCUGGAAAUGGAUGUCUACAAGCAAGUCAUUCUCGCUAUUAAAUCAAAGGGAAGAGUGGACAGUACUAUUAUCGGGGAGGCAUUGAAACAUUAUGCGGUCAGAUGGUUGCCAGAUUCAUUAGAUGAGUUAGUUUCUGAUGGUUGUACUAGGAGCUAUAAAUAUCUGGUGGAAACACUGGUUUGUUUAUUGCCUUUAGACAAGGGUGUUGGUUGUCCAUGUAGUUUCUUGCUGAAAUUGUUGAAAAUUGCUCUAUUUGUUGGAGUGGAUGAUUCAUCUAGGGAAGAUUUGGUGAAUAGAAUCAGUUUAAAGUUGUAUGAGGCUUCUGUUAAGGAUUUGCUGAUCCCAGCACAGUCCCCUCAAACCACAUUAUAUGAUGUGGAAUUAGUACAAUGUCUUGUGAAUCGGUAUGUAAGUUAUAGUCGGGAUUUGAGUGUUGAGAAGAAUGAUGAGACCAAUGAUUUUGUUUUGCUGCAUAGGCAUAGAUACAUGUUGAGUGUCGGGAAAACAAUUGACGAAUAUCUCUCAGAAAUUGCACACGACCCAAAUCUCACCCUUGCCAGUUUUGUUGACUUGUCGCAAUCUAUUCCUGAAUCUGCAAGACCAACUCAUGAUGGACUGUACAAAGCCGUUGACACCUAUCUCAAGAAGCACCCCAGUUUGACUAAGGCUGAAAGAAAGAAGAUAUGUGCUCUGAUGGAUGUGAAGAAAAUGACAACAAAUGCAUCCAUGCAUGCUGCACAGAAUGAUUUGCUCCCUCUUCGUGUUGUGGUCCAAGUUUUAUUUUUUGAGCAGGUUAGAGCCUGUUCUGGUGUUCAAGCUCUUAACAGCAAUGCCUGUAAUGCUUCAAACUCAAUGACAAACUCAGAUGAAGAAUGGGAGAAGACAGCAUCAGAUGAUAACAAUGUCAAGAAACAGAUGAGUCAACUGAAAGUGAAGGAGGAAGAAUUCCAGAAAAAUGGAAAAUUGAUGAAGAAAAACAGCAAGAACAACAAAAGUGGCAUUCAGUUGCUGCCUUCACGGUCAAGGAGAAUAUUUGACAGGCUAUGGGUAAUGGGGAAAGGGCAUGGAGAGAACAGAAGCUCAGAUACAUCUGGGAGCUCACAGAGCCCAACUUCAAUGGUUCCAGGGGACGCCAAAUCCUCUGGUUCAUCUUCAAGACAGAGGAGACAUUCCAUCUCCUAAAGGAGGAAUUCAAACUUCAUCAGAAGUAAACAAGCGAAUGAAACUAAGUUCAGUUUGAGUGUAAAAAGUGGGUAGGAUUUUGUUUUAGUUUCAUCGGGAUCGACUUUUCCUCUUGUCCUAUUCCAGAAAAUGUAAUAAUUUUUUCCCCUUUCUUUGGUUUUUUCUUGGGCUGGUUUUUACUGUCUGUGUACGUCUAUAUAUGAAUCACUAGAUUAUGCAAGAAGUAUUGAG